AUGAAGGACUAUGCAGAGAUUAUCCUUUACCCUGAAGCACAGGAUCAGAGCAAGGAAAAUGCCAGCUCUCUGACACCACCUCCUUUGCCUCAGUACUUGCUGACCGAAUUCUCCAACCCGGCCUUUGAGGAGGAUGGCGAAGCGCCAGCCCAGAACCAAGCAGAAGGCGAAAACAGCGUGAAAGCCACAGCCAACGGUUUUGCCCAACAGGUCCGGGACGUGGCAAACAUAAAAUUCAAACCAGAUUGCAAGUUCUCCUGGCUCUGCGUGGCCAUCCUCAGCAUUGUGCUCCUGCUCCUCCUGGCAUUACUGGUGGGCAUCAUCAUCAUCUCCCAGUUGAAAUCCCCUCACCCCGUCAAACCCUCGCCAGGGGCUUCUUAUGCCCACACCAUCACCAAUGCUACCUCAGCUCCCAUUGCCAAGACCACACCAAGCCCAGCAAUCACAACCACAACCUCGCCAUCCCAGGAAGAACUGCAUGGGACCACAAAGCCAGCACCCUGUGACUGUUGUAACCCCAUCUCCACUUUUGAAUUCCCUCUCUUUCUGUCUCCUUUUGCAGUAUGUGGGGGUACCCUCCACGGCCCCAAGGGCUCCUUCAGCUCCCCCAACUACCCUGCCCCAUACCCGCCCAAUGUCCUCUGCAAAUGGCACAUCCAGGUGACGGAAGGCAUGGUGGUCCAGCUGAAGGUGGAGGUACUGGACAUGGAAAGCUCUGCCUCGUGCCUCUAUGACCGGCUGGAGGUGUACAAGGAGCAGGACGCUGUCUCCUUGUGGGACGGCAGUAGCUGGUACUGUGGCACAGUGGCACCCGCAACCAUCAAUACCAACUCCAGCCGGCUGCAAGUCGUCUUUGUCUCGGAUGAAAGCAUCGCUUCGUCGGGCUUCACUGCCCGGUAUCGGGCCAUCUCACCCAGCGAAAAGAACUGUUCCUGGGAUGAGUUUCUCUGUGACCAAGGACUGUGCAUCCUCCCAGCCUACUUGUGUGACGGUUACCACAACUGCCAAGACAAGACGGAUGAAGCCAACUGUAGCACAAAGCACAAAGAUUGUGGGGGGACCCUGACCAGCCUGGAGGGACGAUUCUUCUCUCCAAAUUACCCCCAGCCUUACCCACAUCUCCAGCUGUGUCUGUGGCAUAUUUCAGUGCCCGUUGGCCACGUGAUCGACCUACACUUCCACAACUUCAGCCUUGAGUCGCAGGAGGAAUGCAACUACGACUUUGUGGAGGUGUACGACAGCGCAGGGAUGGGAGCCACCAGCAUCAUGGGGAGGUUCUGCAACUCCAACAUGCCCCCUACUCUGACCUCGUCGCAACACGUCAUGACAAUCCUCUUUGUGGCAGACGAAGGAAUAGCAGACAGCGGGUUCUUUGCCACCUACCGGGCCUACAAUUCUACAGAAAAAACAUGUGGUCCUUUAGAGUUUGCCUGCAGAAAUGGUGAGUGUCAGGCACAGGAGUUGGUGUGCGACGGUUGGCAUGACUGUCCGGAUGGAAGCGACGAACUGAACUGCACCACCAUUUCCUACCCAUCUUUUGAGCCAUCCUGUGAGCCGAUCGAGGUGGAGAUGUGUUUGGGGCUCAGCUACAACACCACCUCCUUCCCCAACAUCUGGCUGACCAUCCCAGAUCAGCAAGGAGCUGAAGAAAUACUCCAGGACUAUAUGAUGCUGAAGGACCUGACUUGCUACCCACACCUCCGCUUACUCAUCUGCAGCCUCUUUGUCCCCAAAUGCACGCCAGAUGGGGGAAUCUUGCAGCCAUGCCGCUCCGUCUGCUUGGGGACUGAACAGCGUUGCCAGCAGUCCCUUAGCCUCCUGGGAGUCCCAUGGCCUUUGAACUGUAAUGUCCUGCCUGAUUCCACCAACCCUCUGGAGUGUUUCAUGCCAUGACCAGGGGGCGCCAGGAACCAAAUGUUCUUCAGGUUUCCCAGUCUGGAGGAGAGAUUCCUUGGAGUCAACCAUGAGUGAAAAUGCCAACCAAGAAAGCCUACA